AUGUGUCUUUCCAAAGACAUCAGAGAAACAAAGGUGUGGAAACCCACUGGAUAUUUCGAUGAAUACCCAGUAAUACGCUUAAAUGUCAAAUGUGAGGAAGAACAUGCAGAGAUGCAGGGAAACCAGAAAGACAUCCUGACUGUGCUGGCUGUCCUGGCUGGGCUGGCAGUUUUUUCUGGAUCCAGUUAUCAAAUCAUAGAAGGUCCCAAGAACAUGACAGUCUUGCAGGGCUCUGAGGCUCACUUCAAUUGCACUGUCUCUGAGGGCUGGAAGCUGAUCAUGUGGUCUCUCAACAACAUAGUGGUGCUGAGCAUCACACCCAAGGAGCCCAUCAUCACCAAUGACCGUAUCACCUCUGAGAGCUAUGAUGUGGGUGGUAACAUCAUCUCUGAGAUGAUAAUACAUGAUGUGCAACUCAGUGAUUCAGGGCAUGUCAUAUGCAGCCUCCAGAACAGUGAACUGGUUGGAUCUGCUUUCCUUGUGGUCCAAGUUAUGGGGAAAUUGUUCCUUCCCAGUGACAGUCUGAUAGUCACUGAGGAUGAACCUUGUAAUGUUACUUGUCGAGCAUCAGGCUGGUCCCCACUCCCGAAUAUUUCCUGGGAAAUCCAUGUCCCAGUCAGCCAUUCAAGCUAUUAUUUCAUUCCGGAGCCCGACGACCUUCAAAGUGCAGUGAGCAUCCUGGCUCUGACCCCACAGGGCAAUGGGACUUUGACUUGUGUGGCUGUCCUGGAGAGUCUGCAGGCCCACAAAUCUGCAACUGUAAACCUUACUGUGAUUCAGCCUCCCCUGGAAUCUAAUUAUCAAAGUGAAAUAGGGAAAUCUGCGCAUGUGAAGACAAACAAAGAAACCUCUGAGACAAAGUCAAAAAGUGGAAAUGAAAACUAUGGGUUCAGUUUAGAGAAACCAAGGACCUCAGAGAUUGCUUCUCUCCCUCCCACGUCCUCUGAAUUCAGCAUUUGGGAACAAAACAGCAGUCUCCAUCCCUAUCAGGAAGCUAAUCAAUGUCUGCCCAGGCCAGCAAGUCGUCCACAGGUCUCUUUUAAUUUGGCCAGUUCUAAGAAGGUCAGAAGUAUUACUUUAGUAUAG